ACAUAACAGACCUGGGGCGGAGAAUGGAAAAGAACUGGUUGGCCGGGAAGUGGUACCCAGUAGAGACCAUCAAGGCAGGCUCUGAUCAAAUGGAAAAACAUGCCUUCACUCUAAAGCCCACAGCUGAUGGAGGCAUCGUAAUAAAAGUAGAGAUCCCUCUGGAUGGAGCCUGCACCGUGAUAAAGGUAAUCGCUACCAAGAAAAGUCCCGGGGUCUUCGCCUCAUCAGAUGGAGAGACCACCAUCAUGGACACGGACUACAAGACCUACCUCUUUACACAUAUAUCCACUGCCGGCCUGCACAUCCUGGAACUCUAUGGCCGAAAAAAGGAAGUGCCUAAGGCGAUCAAGAAGAAGUUCAAUACCUUCGUCAAAAAAAUGGGGAUGAAGGCAAGUCGCUGGAAAGUGUGGAAGAAAGCUUUCUGCAAAAGCCCUUCAGGAUAGGUCACUAAGGGAACCCAGGAGGUGUAGGGAYGCCAACAUCACCACCGACUCCCAACAAUAAAGGAAUAAUGAAACCC